GCCGCAAAACGCGUCGCAGCGGUGGCAUCCAGCGUCGCAGCGGUGCGCAGAAGACACACAGCACUACAGGAAGACCAGAGGACGCGCUCUUGCAAGCACUGUGUGCACAAAGGUGUCCGAGAGCAAAAUCCACCAGGGAGAGCAACCAUGGCUACGGGAUUCAUCGGCAUCGGCAUCAUGGGUGAGGGCAUGGCCGGCUGUCUACUGAAAGCUGGCAAAGCGCUCGUCGUCUGGAACCGCGACGCGAGCAAGGCGCAGAAGCUCGCGGCCGCGCACCCCGGCCUCGUCACCGUCGUUUCAUCAGCGGGUGAAGUAAUCGACGCGUGCGCCGUCACCUACUCCAUGCUUUCGACGCUGGAGGCGUCCGAGGCCGUCUUUCCCUCCAUAUUGGCCAGCAUAAAACAAGGCAAGAGCCUCGUCGACUGCGCGACGCUGACCCCGGAACGGAUGCAGACCAUGGCUUCAGCCGUAGAAAUCGCUCAAGGAAGGUUCCUGGAAGCGCCCGUGAGCGGCUCGAAGGCGCCCGCGGCGCAAGGAGCAUUAAUCUUCCUCUGUGGUGGUGAUAAAUCGCUGUACGAGGAAUGCAAGCCCGACCUCGCGAUCAUGGGCAAGGCCGACUUCUACUACGGUAGUACAGGAGCCGGCUCGAAGAUGAAGCUCGUGGUCAAUAUGGUGAUGGGAAACAUGAUGUGCGCGCUCGGCGAGGGCCUCGCGUUGUGCCAGGCCUCCGAGUUGCCGGCAGAUAAUGAAGGAGGGCUGCUCAAGGUGCUGGACCUGGGCAUCAUGUCCAACGGCCUUUUCAAGCUCAAGGGCCCCAAAAUGCUCAAAGGCGACCACGCGCCGAACUUCCCCCUCAAGCACGCGCAGAAGGACAUGCGCUUCGCGCUGCAGUUAGGUGAUCAAGUGAGUACGCCAUUACCGCUCGCGGCCGCGGCGAACGCUGCGUACAUCGCCCAACGAGCGGACCACGGCGACGAGGACUUCUCAGCCGUCUUCGAGGGCCAGAAAAAGUAGUAACAGUGUUAAUUAAAUUCUUCCUGGUGAUUGCCUCGGCGCCAUCGCGGCGAUGGCGUGCGGAGCUUGGCGUCGGCGCGUCGUCGUGAGUGCUUCUACGCCACCAGUGCGCCAUCGCCGCGACUCACGGUACACGCACAGGCGCGCGGCCGAGACGGCCACGGAGGACCGGAAAGGCCGGCU